AUGCAAGAGCCAGUUUCCCUGACCUUUGCGCUGAGGUACAUGAAAACUGACAAGCCGGAAGAGGCUACCACCAUAGAGAUGCAAGAGCCAGUUUCCCUGACCUUUGCGCUGAGGUACAUGAACUCCUUCACAAAGGCAUCUUCACUGUCCGAACAAGUGACUAUCAGCCUGUCAUCCGAGCUACCAGUGGUGGUCGAGUACAAGAUCGCAGAGAUGGGUUACAUUAGAUUUUACCUGGCUCCAAAGAUCGAGGAAGAUGAGGAGACGAAGCCCUGA